GCUGCGCCUCCCAUUCCUUCAAUUCCAACAUCAAUGGCCGACUUCACUUCAGGAACUGAAAUCGAUAUCACGAAGCACCAACACAGUUCAAGUCGAAAGGUUCUUAUUGGGCUCAUCACAGUUUCGUCUGUGAUGGCAAUCAUCAUGGUGUCCAUCAUGUGUUUGUGGAUAUGCCACAGAAAGAAUAUACACAAAUCAGGCAAAAUCGGUACCAAAAAAUUAGAUUCUUUGAGAGGACUUCCAUUGAGUUCAUUCGUUAGCAGAACUAACGGUGUUUUCAAAACCAAAAUCGAAAAGGGAUCGGUGGUUGUUAUGGAUUAUAAUGUGUUAGAAUCAACAACAAAUAACUUCGGUGAAAGCGAGAUAUUAGGCGUAGGUGGAUUUGGAUGCGUGUAUAAAGCUCGACUCGAUGAUAAUUUGCAUGUAGCUGUUAAAAGAUUAGAUGGUAUUAGUCAAGACGCCAUUAAAUAA